AUGGAAAAUCAAAAAAGUCAAGAACUUAAACAAAGUUUAAGGACUAAAAGUCCUACAAUUGAAUCAGCUUUAUUGGAUUGUAGUGUACUAUCUUUUCCAAAUCCAAUAAUAAAGGAAAGUAAAGAAACAGAAGUCCUAACAGUGUCAACUCCAUCUGUUCAUCCACCAAACAAUUUAAAACAUUUGAGUUUAUUUAAUAAUUUACAAUCAACACCAAAUACUCGACAAUUUAGCAAACCAGAAAUGGAUUCAAGAAUAAUAAUGAACCUCAGUCCAAUAAUGUCUACAUCAUCUUUAAAAUCAAACUUAUAUAAUCAUAAAGAUAUUUUUCAACAUAAAUCACAUUCAGAAAUUGAUUUUUCAUUGAAUCCAUUGAAAUACCGGAAUUCAUCAAAUCUUUGUAAAAACCAUGAAUUAAACAAAUGGAAAACAAACAAAACUUUAAUUGAACCAUCUCAUAAAAGUAUUUUUAUUGAUUCUCCAAUUGUACCAGAUAAUACAAUAAGAACAAAUGAAGAUAAUGUGAAUGAAAAAGCUAAAAGAUGCUUAUUUGAAAAAGAAAAGGCAAUUAAUAUGUCUAAUUUGGAAACAGAUCAAGAUUCACUUAACAUUUCUCUGGAUAUAUUAGAACAAGUGUGUCAAAUGUCAGAAAUUAUGGAUGAUAGUUUAACUGAAGAAAUAAAAAUAAGUGUUGAUACUGAUAAAAAGAGAAAAAAAUUAGCUUCUUUUCUUUACGGCAAUAGCACCACUAAACUUAAUGACACGGAAGAAGAAAACAAAUUAUUACAAUUGGCAUUAAGUAUGGAAGAUAAUGUAUUAACUGAAUCUAGAUUAAAGAAUAAAUUAUAUUUUGAAGGAGAAUUUACUUCUUUAAAUCAACUAAAAAAUAAGGAAACUAACUUAUCCAAAAAUGACAGUGAACAAUCUAAAAGUAGUAGGUUGAACACAUAUAUAAGUGAUUCCAAAUGUAACUUUUUAGAUCCUGAAGAAAUGAAUCCUAUUGGAAAUACACAGAUGUGUGAAAUAGCUGAUAUAACAGAACCAUUAGAAUCAUUUGAUGAUCAGUGGACACAACAAUAUACUAGUAGUAUAUCUAAUUUAAGCAAUAAAUCAAAAAAAAAUAAUUUGAAUAAAGAUUUUGAUGCAGUGAUGAGCCCACCAAUAGAUUUUAUUGAUCGUAAAGUGAACAUAAUAAAAAGUAAUCCAUUAAAAGAUAAUUCAAAUGAAAAAUUAAAAAUAUGCCAAUUAAUCACAAGAGAUGAACUGAAUGAAUCUCCAAUAUUGACUCAGGAUGAUACCUUAACAAAUGAAUAUAUGGGUAAAGGUUUCUCUAAUGCUGGAGGUAAAUCCAUUAAAAUAUCAGAUAAGACCGUACAAAAAGUUCAAACAAUGUUAAAAGAUGAACUAAAUGAAUCCUCAGUAAUAACUCAACAUAAUAUUGUCUCAAACCCUAAUAAACAUGAAGGUUUCUCAACUGCAGGUGGUAAAACUAUUAAAGUAUCAGAUGUUGCUUUAAAAAAAGUUCAAACAAUAUUAAAAGAUGAAUUGAAUGAAGUUUCAACUGUUACUCAGGACAACAUCGUUAUAAAUCCUAAUCUGUGUAAAGGUUUUGCAACUGCAGGAGGUAAAUCUAUUAAAGUAUCAGAGGUGGCUUUAAAAAAAGUUCAAACAAUAUUAAAAGAUGAAUUGAAUGAAGUUUCAACCUUUACUCAGGACGACAUCGUUAUAAAUCCUAAUCUAUGUAAAGGUUUUGCAACCGCAGGAGGUAAAUCUAUUAAAGUAUCAGAUAUGGCUUUAAAAAAAGUUCAAACAAUAUUAAAAGAUGAAUUGAAUGAAGUUUCAACUGUUACUCAGGACAACAUUGUUAUAAAUCCUAAUCUGUGUAAAGGUUUUGCAACUGCAGGAGGUAAAUCUAUUAAAGUAUCAGAUGUGGCUUUAAAAAAAGUGCAAACAAUGUUAAAAGACGAAUUGAAUGAAGUUUCAACUGUUACUCAGGACAACAUUGUUGUAAACCCUAAUCUGUGUAAAGGUUUUGCAACUGCAGGAGGUAAAUCUAUUAAAGUAUCAGAGGUGGCUUUAAAAAAAGUUCAAACAAUAUUAAAAGAUGAAUUGAAUGAAGUUUCAACCGUUACUCAGGACGACAUCGUUAUAAAUCCUAAUCUAUGUAAAGGUUUUGCAACCGCAGGAGGUAAAUCUAUUAAAGUAUCAGAUAUGGCUUUAAAAAAAGUUCAAACAAUAUUAAAAGAUGAAUUGAAUGAAGUUUCAACUGUUACUCAGGACAACAUUGUUAUAAAUCCUAAUCUGUGUAAAGGUUUUGCAACUGCAGGAGGUAAAUCUAUUAAAGUAUCAGAUGUGGCUUUAAAAAAAGUGCAAACAAUGUUAAAAGACGAAUUGAAUGAAGUUUCAACUGUUACUCAGGACAACAUUGUUGUAAACCCUAAUCUGUGUAAAGGUUUUGCAACUGCAGGAGGUAAAUCUAUUAAAGUAUCAGAUAUGGCCAUACAACAAGCUCAAACAAUGUUAAAAGAUGAGCUGAAUGAAUCUUCAAACAUUACUCAGGACAAUAUUAUUAUAAAUUCUAAUAAAUUAAGUAAAGGCUUCUCUACUGCUGGAGGUAAAUCUAUUAAAAUAUCAAAUAAGUCCUUACAAAAAGUUCAAACAAUGUUAAAAGAUGAACUAAAUGAAUCCUCAGUAAUAACUCAACAUAAUAUUGUCUCAAACCCUAAUAAACAUGAAGGUUUCUCAACUGCAGGUGGUAAAACUAUUAAAGUAUCAGAUGUUGCUUUAAAAAAAGUUCAAACAAUGUUAAAAGAUGAACUAAAUGAAUCCUCAGUAAUAACUCAACAUAAUAUUGUCUCAAACCCUAAUAAACAUGAAGGUUUCUCAACUGCAGGUGGUAAAACUAUUAAAGUAUCAGAUGUUGCUUUAAAAAAAGUUCAAACAAUAUUAAAAGAUGAAUUGAAUGAAGUUUCAACUGUUACUCAGGACAACAUUGUUAUAAAUCCUAAUCUGUGUAAAGGUUUUGCAACUGCAGGAGGUAAAUCUAUUAAAGUAUCAGAUGUGGCUUUAAAAAAAGUUCAAACAAUAUUAAAAGAUGAAUUGAAUGAAGUUUCAACCGUUACUCAGGACGACAUUGUUAUAAAUCCUAAUCUAUGUAAAGGUUUUGCAACUGCAGGAGGUAAAUCUAUCAAAGUAUCAGAUGUGGCUUUAAAAAAAGUUCAAACAAUAUUAAAUGAUGAAUACUCAUCAUCAGUUACGAAGAACAAAACUAAUUCAAAGUCUAACGUAUGUAAUCAAUUUUUGAAUGGUGGAGAUAAAUCUAUUAAAGAAUCGGAUAACUCAUUAAAAAAAAAUCAACUAACAUUUAAAGAUGAUACUCAAUUAUUUGAUAAUCCACUGGAAACAAUGGCCAUUUCAAGUGUUUGCAGUAAUUCUAACAAAGUCUCAAAAUUAACUAAUGACCUAAAAACAAAAUCAAACUGUUUUGAAAUUUUAAAACAAGUGGAAGAAAAUACAUUCGAAGAUGAUUUGUCUUUAAUUAACACAGUUGAAAAGUUUGAAAGAGAUCAAAUUAUUUGUAAGCCAGUACUGAGAAAUAAACGUCCAGGAAGCCCUAUAAAUACACAAGAAAUUAAUUACAAAAUUAAAAAAACAGUACAUAAUGGUGGUUGGGAAAUUGAUGAGUUAAAUACUUCAUUUAGUGUUUACUUAUCAAACAAAUUGAAUGGGCCCAAACUAUCAUUACCAGAAGUUGUUGAUUGGGUCUUACCAAAAAUAUUUUCUAUAAAACAGUUUCCCGAGAAUGGUGUAGCAAAAGAAUUAAUCAAAUUGAAUGUUGAUAAUGCUAUACAUUUGAAGUUAUAUUGGGAAAAAAAUUAUAAAUCAUCUGGUGGACAUAAAAAUAAAAUGUACAAUUUUCAAGAUUUAAAAUACUUAUUUUUAUCACACAAUUUUGUUGAUGGUAAACUAAUUCCUAAAGGAUGGAUAGAAAACCAUUUUCGUUUUAUAGUAUGGAAAUUAGCUGCUACUGAAAUUUGUUUUCCUGAUCAUUUUGGAAACAAGUUAUUAACUGCAAAAAACAUAAUUCAUCAACUAUUAUAUAGAUACUAUAGAGAAAUAGAAAAAUGCCAAAGAUCUGCAUUAAAAAAGAUACUCGAAAAAGAUGAAACUGCAUCAAAAAGGAUAAUUUUAUGUGUUUCAAAAGUUAAUAAAAUAGAUUCAGCUGAAACCUUUAAUAUUGAGCUAACUGAUGGCUGGUAUAGUGUUCAAGGAAUUAUUGAUUAUGAGAUGAAUAUGCUUUUACAUAAAGGCAUUAUAAAAGUUGGUACUAAACUUAUAAUAUGCAAUGCAGAACUUAUUGGUGCUGGAGAAGGAAUUGAUCCAUUAGAUGUUCACAAUGGUGUAAAGCUUAAAAUAUCAACAAACAGUACACGAAGAGUACGCUGGUAUGCCAAAUUAGGAUUCUAUAAAAACUCUACAUCACCUAUACCUAUUACUUUAGAAUCAGUUCUACCGCACGGUGGAAUAAUAGGAUCUCUUUCACUUGUAAUACUUAGAAAAUACCCUAUCAUGUUUCUUGAAAAGAAAACAAAUUCAAAAUCUAUUUUUAGGAAUGAGAAAAUGGAAACUAUUGAAGCAGAAAAGUAUAAAGCAUACCAACAAAAGUCAUUAGAAACAAUUUCAAAUAAGAUAAAAACUGAGUUGAUUACUGAAAUGGCUUCCAAAAAUAAAGUGUCAAAAAAAUACUUUUCGAGUAUGAAAAAAGAAAAUUUAGAUAAAUUAAGUAUAGAUGAAUUGAGCAAUAUAAUAGAUAGUUCCACUGAUCCUUUGGAAAUACAAUCAUUGCUUAGUCAAGAAAAAUUGGAAGCUCUUAAAGAUUUUAAAAAUUCAGAGCAAGAAAGAUUUUAUAAUGAACUUCAAAAUAGAGUCAAUAGAGUGUUUAAAGAUCAAUUUAAAGAUUCUCGUAAAGUUAUACCCAUGAUAAAGUUACGCGUGGUUGAUGAAAAAUAUGUUUCUACUGGCUUUAAAGCUGCUUUACUUACAAUUUGGAAUCCGUCAGAAGAUGUCACUGAAAUCUUGAACAAAUCUACUGAAGGUCAAUGUUGUACACUCCACCAUAUUACUACUAAUGGGUUUAUGAAUGGUGAACUACAAUUGUCAGCUAGCAAAAAUACUCGCUUUGAUUUUCAAGGGUAUAAAAAUGAAUAUGUCAAACGUGAUGUAGUAAGCUUUAAAAGUAUUUGUUCUGGUACAUUUUUACCAUUGUUUGGUGAAUUAGAUUUAGUUGGUAUUGUAGUAUCAGAUGUUAAUAAAAAUAAUGCGUAUAAUGAAAUCUAUGUAUCAGACAAAGAAAUGAAUAUAAUCAGUAUUUUGUUCCGAGGAAAUAUUAAGGAAUAUGGAUAUGAUGACAUGAUGUACCCCGGUAGUAUAAUAUCGGGGAUUAAUAUUCAAUUUAAAGGAUUUAAUCAAAUAUCUCCAAUACCUAAGUUGUAUAAUACAGAGCAAUCUUUGUUUACAACAAUUCCUAAGACUGAAUAUAUUUUAAAUGUUUUUGAUGAUUAUAAAAUGUUUAUGAAAAAGCAUGAAAAUCAAAAUUUUCUGAUGUGCUGCCAAACUAAACUUAGUGAAAUUUGUAAUAGACGCGGAGAAAUAACGGCAAUAAAUAAUGAACAAUGUUUAAACAAAUCAAGAAAUACAUUGCAUAAGUCAUAUAGUGAAUUACCCGUCGCCGUGGUAAGAACUUCUAGUACAUCUCAAUCUGAGUGUUCUCCAGCUCAAAAACGAAUAAAAAUGUUAAAUGCUUUUGGAAAAACUCCACCGUUAAGUAUUGUUCACACUAAACCACCAGAUAAAAAAUUGAUGGGUCAAUUUAAAACACCAACCCGGUUGUAG